AUGUUGACGCUGCACCCAUUUAGGAUUUCACGCGUCGGAAACUUCAAGAGUCAUAGUCACUGGUCGGCGGAAGAAGGUAAUGGAGCCGUCUCAAUUCGACACGACAUCGUCUCCAUCCCAUUACGAGGUACUAUAUAUAUCCUGUAUAAAUAUUUAUUUUUAAUUUGUUCACAGAUGUGCAUUUUUCUUAGUUUGUUUCUCGUGUCCUCGACGGAAGCAUUCUUUCUAAAAUGGGGAUCGGAAUCUAGCAGCCAACCUGCCAUGAAGCCGUGGGAGCAACCGAUAUCUUCAUCUUACCGAUACCAGUACAUGUAUCCUUAUGAGUCUCGAAAAGUGUAUCAAAUACAGCAACAGCCGUACGCGCACUCACAACCUGAUGUGCAAAUUGCUCAAAACAUGGCACCAAUUCCAAUCAGCGUUCCAGCUGGUGCCAGCUUGACUCCAGUUUCACUACAGCACGUCCAGCUAGUACCCUGUAUGUGUCCAGUUGCUCCUGAGGAGGCUGAAAAACUUCAAGAACAAGUCGGGCCUGGGCCAUACAUUGCACAAAGUUAUUCUCAAAACUAUCAGAUUCCGCAACAGAUAACGGUUGCAGAUAACACAAAAACGACGAAGCAAUAA